AUGCCCAUGACAUCCUUCUCGACCGCGAACCACUGGCUGUGGAACUUUGCGGUCCUGAUGAUCACGCCGGUCGCGAUAGAUUCGUUGGGCUAUCAGUAUUAUAUUCUGUAUGCGGUGUUGAGUUUGGAGCAGAUGGAUGUGUUGUUUAGGGAGAAUAGUAUUGCGGGGUUGGUGAAGGCUAGUUUGAGGAAGCCGGAGGAGGAUGUGGUGUUCUCGGCCGACGGCAAGAAGUAUGAGGGGUCGAUGGAUGAGUUUGAGAAGGCUUGA